GGCCUAAUCCGCCAAUCUGAACACCUUGACACACAGACACAACACGAGCAGGUGCGAAGAACACGUGGCACAGGUGGGCAGAUGACAUCGACAUUGUACAGGCGAUGAGCUGCUAAUGGUACUAGACACGGCCCCAAGGACGGAGCUAAGCUAUCGACCUCGAUUUUAAGGAGUGAACGAUGUGCACAGAGACGUUAUUCAAAUAUGUUUUAAAGCACACUGCGUAUUGUUAUCAGUUCUUCUAAACAUGUAUUGAAAGAAAGAAGUAAAAAAAAAAAAACGAAAAAAAAACCCACAAAAAAAUCUACAAAUACAGUAUCAACCAUGAAUUAAUUUUUCGUAUAUAUUUUCCUGACACGAAAGUUGAUACGUUGUUGAAUUCUUCAUGUUGGAAAGUUAAUUAAUAUUCAUGUCGGUCACGCUGUGUGCUCGAAACAUGCACGUUGAACACGUGACCCCGUCUUUGACCUCUCUGUCGGAAGAUCGCAGUGCGCCGAUUGAUCCACGUCCGUUUCGGGAAUCAGUUCUGAAAAUAAACCAUGAAGUGUCUUCGAAAGUGUCGGAGGAGAAGGAAAGCGACGAGUUCGAGGAACAGAUGGACGAGGAAGACUUCAGCGACCACGAUUCGCAUUACUCCGAGGAUCUGUCGGACGACUUCAUGGAGUUACAGUACAAGCAGACGACACAGAGACAACCGGAUAUGGCGGAGCGGCUGCUGAAGUUUUCUGAAAUGAUUAACGCCGAUAUCAAGAAAUUCUUCGGGAGAAAAAAAGGUGAAGAAGAUUCUUGCGAUAUUUACGAAGACAAAUGGCUGCCGACCAAAUCGGGACGAGAACUAUAUUACGCCGACUUACUGAGGAUAGCGCAGGGAGAUGGCGAUAUUAUAAAGGGAGGUAAGAAAUGUGUUUCUCCAGUCUCAACUCAUCAAGACGUGGACAAUAGAAAUACGUUCAGCGGUAGGGACAAAAGUUUAGGUUUAGGACCUUUGGGUGAUCUGUUUGAGUAUGGCUUAAGACACUUCCUUUUGGACAAGAAAACAAGCGACAAGAGAUUAAAACAGUUAAAAAUCGAUUUUAAGAAGCACGACGGAGUAACUCCAAUGCAUAAUCGUGUGUUUCCGGAAUCGUUUUGGAUGGAACCAAAAACUGAACAGACAGACAAGCGAACAGACAGAACAGCUCCCGGAAUCCUCAACUCGUCAAAACCACCUGAUUUUAGUGACUUAUUAAAGAGCUGGACAGGCGGUGAGCAAGCAACGUAUAACAGUGAGUUGUGUUCGAACGAUUCCAGCAUCCCAUCACCCGGCGCGGUAAUACAAGCGUUAUAGCAGUGUGAAAUGUGUGUAGUCCGUAGUGUGAACACUGAACACGUAUACAUGUGGGCUGAAAUAACAGUACUAUGUUCGCUGCAGUGUCAAGGAACA